CUUGCAGCACCGCUUCCGAAAAAAUUCCCAUGAAUCCUCAGGGCACUCAGGCUAACUCGGGAUGUGGGUUCCAUACACUUCUCGCAAACCAUAUAGUAUAAUUCAAUAAGGACAGAUCCCAGCUUCACGAUGUCGGAGCUGUUUAUGGAAUGCGAGGAGGAAGAACUGCAGCCAUGGCAGAAGGCGAUCCCAGAAAUCAACUUGGUGGAUGAUGAUGAUGACGACGAUGACGACGAACCCAUCUUCGUUGGCGAGAUCCAGAGCUCCAAGCCGGUCCACUCCAGGCCUAAUGUUGGAAUCCAGAGAGGGCAACAGAAUCUUCCGCCGGGGCGUCUGAAUGUGGGGUCCAUGCCAUUGCCUUCACAGAAGACUCCCCAGACUGCAGUAGCCAAACGGGGUCCAUAUGUAGCGCCACCCCAACUCACCAACAGGGUCGCCCCACCACCGUCCAACAACCCCACCCUCAUACCCGCCGGCUCCACUCAGGGUGUGGGGCAGAAUGCUGGUCGUCUUGGAAACACGGUCACUCCUCAGCCAAUUAUAAUCAACAACCAGGUAUACGGCUACAUUGUAUCAUCUCCACAAAUAACCAGUAGUGCGCCGUUCAUUACCAGUUUUGGGUCGCAGUAUCCACCUGGCACCUCUUUCACAGUCUUACCAGCUGGGCAGCCUCUCCUCCAGCAGGCACACACCCCACAACACAUGCUGCCAGGGGGUGUGGUCCACCGACCCCAGGUUCAGUUUAUCCAGAACAACGUGGUGACCCUGGCCAAUGUGCAGGCCCCCCCAGAACUACUCUCUCAGCAGCCCCACCACCAGCACCAGCACCAGCACCAGCACCAGCACCAGCACCAGCACCAGCACCACCCCCCUGCUGCUGCCCUCCCCCACAGGGUCAUGAACACCCCCCCCACACAGCCCAGACAGGACAGCUCGGCAGCCCUCUCCUCCAUACAAAGCGUCAACAACAGAGAUAACGGAACAAUGAAGCGGAACUUCCCGUCUGACGUGGACAACACGAUGAAAAGACUCAAAGUCGACGCAGUAGGUGCUCUCCGGACGUCAGAGUUUGCAGAGAACGAGAGUCCUCCAAGGAGGCGGUGUCCAAGGUGCAUGGGAUCAUAUCCUGGGGAGGACUCUCUGAAGGGACACAUGAGGUACUGCUGUCCUGACCUGCUGGAAAGUGUGUUUGCCACGAGCUCCCGGCAAGACAAGUCCACCACCCCGCUACGUGUGUAUGACAUGGACAAGGGCAAGCUGAUCAUGCUGGUCACAGACUUCUACUACGGACGCUGUGAUGGAGACCAGCACCUGGAGCAGAAGACCAACACCACCUUUAAGUGCAACAGCUGCCUAAAGGUGCUCAAGAACAACAUCAGGUUUAUGAACCACAUGAAGCAUCAUCUGGAGCUGGAGAAGCAGAACAGUGAGAGCUGGGAGAGUCACACCACAUGCCAACACUGCUACCGGCAGUACAGCACGCCCUUCCAGCUGCAGUGCCACAUAGAGAGCGCCCACAGCCCUUACGAAUCUACCACUAACUGUAAGAUAUGUGAGCUGGCUUUUGAGACGGAGCAAGUGCUGCUGGAACACAUGAAAGAUAAUCACAAGCCGGGGGAGAUGCCCUACGCCUGUCAGGUGUGUAACUACCGCUCGUCGUUCUUCUCCGACGUGGAGACGCACUUCCGCAGCGUCCACGAGAACACCAAGGACCUGCUGUGUCCCUUCUGCCUGAAGGUGCUGCGCAGCGGACACAUGUACAUGCAACACUACAUGAGACACCAGAAAAAAGGGAUCCAUCGCUGUGGGAAGUGUCGACUGAACUUCCUUACAUACAAGGAGAAAGUGGAACACAAGACCCACUUCCAUCGCACUUACAGGAAACCCAAAAGCCUGGAAGGGCUUCCUCCCGGAACCAAGGUGACUAUUCGGGCCUCCCUGGCCGGUGGGUCUCCCACCUCCCCCAGCAAGUCCAGUAUCAGUGUAAUUCCAAACAGUCCAGCAGCCAAAUCGGCGGGUCGGUCGCCUAACAGCACGGGCCGGGGCAAACCGCCCAGCACCCAGAACGCCGCGCAGUCUGCAAAGAGCAAGAAAGAGCGCAACAAACCACCGGACCACCGGAAUUUCUAUCUUAGGAACUUCAGGCCCCCACAGGGGAUGGUCAGCUGUAUGGAGUGCUCUGAUGUGGUGAAGGACUUCUACGAUCACUACCCUCUGCUCCUCUCGUGCGGGUCCUGCAAGUACAAGACGUGCUGCCGCCGAGCCUACAGACACCACAUGACCAGAUAUCAUGGCUCUGGGACGAAAGACCGAAUUCGGACCAGUAAAAGGAAGCAAGGCAUUUUACGGGGCCUGACUCUGGUGUGCCUAAACUGUGACUUCCUGGCUGGCGCCACAGGAAGUGACCUCAUGAGCAAGCAUUUGGUUGACAGGCCGACCCACGUAUGUCAGGUGAUCCUGGAGCAAAGCAGCCAGCCAGAGGAACACCAUGAUUCUGUUUCUGACAAAACCAGCCUGGAAAGAUGUGACCUCCCCGAUGUCCAGCCUGCCAAAGUAGAGGAUGAGAGCCACACUGUGGUGCCAGGCGAAACGGUCAGACAGGAAGAGGGUGCGCUUGGGGAGGAGAACACAGCGACUGGGGAGGACGCGCCCUCAGACCCGACCCCGCCUUCACCGGUCUCUGUAGACGCUGCCUGCGAGGAGCAGGGCGAGGAGGCGCAAGUGCAAGAGGCCACACAUCCGGAGCAGGAAAAGGAGCCGCCUUUGGAGGAGCAGGCGGUUGUGGAACCUGAGGUGCCCGUGGAACCGGGAAAGGUUGUAGAACUGGAGACAGCGGGAGAAAUUGAGACAGCUUUGGAACCGGAGGUAGACACAGAACCUGAAGCGACUGCGGAACAGCCGCAGAACGCAGCAGACAACCUCGAAGAGGUAGGCGGAGUUUCGCUGGAACCGCUCACACCCUCCAAAGUUCUGGAACAUGAGGUCACUGAGAUGCUGCCGGCGUCGGCCAAUGAGAGUGCUGAUGCACCAACGGGACCUUUAGAAACCCUCACUGCGUAGGAACAGACAACGACGGAUGUUUAUCUCUGCGGAUCAUCUUUUUGUUUAUCGAAGAGUGUUGUCUCUGAAAGACUGCUGCUGAAGUGGAAAAUGGCUGACUGUUUUUAAAAUUAAAUCAUCCUCCACCUUGUUCAAAGACAACAUUCAUAUGUAAUUGUCAGCAGUCAGUUAAGACUGACAAAAAAACUGUUUAAGAUGAGGAACCCCUGGAUCCUCCUAAACUUCCCUUACCUGCCUCAUUGUGUAAUCAUGGAUGAGAAUUACUGGCUUUUGUUACAUUUCCCUUUUUAAAAUAAAAUCGUGUAAUGUCGCAGACGUUGACAUUUUGUUUCAGAUUUGGUUUGGCUCAUUUGUCUCUGAAUGUGACGCUCUUCCUAGCCUUGGCCUGGAUGUAGGAGCUAUGCUCCUGUGCAUCAUGAAGACUUCUGUUAAAGGUAGAGUCUGUGAUUCUUCACAAAGGUUGUUGAAAUUUGAGCUCAACAGCCAAUGAAAUUACAUCCCUCCCUUCUGUGCCCCUAAAGCAACGUGUUGAUUGGCUGGAAUUGUUUAUGGAGCACGCACAAAGAAUGGACAGCUAGAGAACCGAGACAAAAAGAGUAAUUUCAUUAGAAUCGCUGUCUCAGGCAUGUAAUGUAAAAUCUGGCCCAGGAUAUCUGACCUUUUGACCUUCGUGUCCCUGUCCUCAAUCUGCAAGGGAAACGAGGAUGUAAAUCUUCCGAGUCCCAUCUUGGACCUUGUUGCAUUCUGGCCCUGGUGUCUCUGUAAAGGAAAAUAUAUUGGACUUUUUUCCGAUGGGAAAUCCUCUAAGCUGCAGGCUAAUAGUUCAGAAACAAAAUGGGACUUUCCUCUCCACACCUGACUGUUUACUGUUUCUCGUCGUGUAUGCCUGCAGAGAGGUGGUUUGGUUUUUAAAGGGAUCAACUGAACUUUUUUUUUUCUUGGGGAUUGGACAAAAGAAAUAAAAGCAAAUAAACAAAAUAAAACAAAACAAAACCUCUUUCCAUGUAAAAAGAACCUUACAGAUAAAGUUCCUGGUGCUGAAAUGUGGAACCGUUAUCAUCAAAGAACCCACAGAGAAGCUUUUUCUAUGAGUGUUUGAUUUUAUUCCAGUGUUGGAUGUAAAGCUCAUAUGUCUUUCAUACAGUAUGUCGCUCCAACCCGACACACAGACUUAAGAUGCAAGGGGAGGUCACCUAAUGUCUUUCCAGCAAAAAAUAAACUUUGAUAAGAUCAA